CACCACCACCACUAUCUUUCUCUCUGCAGUUGGUUAAGCCUCAUUUCCCCCCUUCUUUUGUACCUUUUUGGCUUAACUAACUAGAACACGAUGACCAUCAGACGCAUAGAUCAAGGGCAGCGUUACAGGCCAAGAAUGGCAUUCCUGAAAAAGCUGGAAGUUCUGUUGGUGGAGAUGCAGGAUCCAAAUUCUGGCAUCAAAAUGCACACUCAGAAAGUCAUGGUCACCGACAUUCCACAUGCUAUGACAGGUUCUGAUAUGUCACAGUGGAUUAUUCAGCGCCUGCAAAUAACCGAUGAAGAGGCACUAAGCUUGGGAAGUAUGAUUGUCAAGUAUGGAUACGUCUAUCCUCUUCAGGAACCAAAGAAUCUCACUCUCAGGCCAGAUAGCAGCCUCUACAGAUUUCAGACACCCUACUUUUGGCCAACCCAGCAGUGGGCAGCGGAAGAUACAGACUAUGCCAUCUACCUAGCCAAGAAAAAUAUUAAGCGGAAAGGAAUUCUAGAAGAAUAUGAAAAGGAACACUACAACAUGCUGAACCAAAAAAUCAACCACAAAUGGGACUUUAUUAUUAUGCAGGCCAAGGAGCAGUAUAGGACAGGAAAAGAACGAAAGAAGGAAGACCGGUACGCUUUGGACUGUCAGGAGAAAGCCUACUGGCUAGUGCACCGAACACCUCCAGGGAUGCAGGAUACACUUGACUAUGGCUUAGACCGAGUGACUGAGCCCUAUGAGAAUAAGAAAAAUACAAUGGAUGUUUACAGGAGAGAGAUCAUGUACUACCAGCAGGCCAUCAUGAAGACUACGGUAAAGUCAUCUGUCUCCCUGGGAGGAAUAGUGAAGUACAGUGAACAAUUCCGCUCCAAUGAUGCUAUAAUUUCAGGAUGCCUUCCCAGCAACCCCUGGCUUUCAGAUGAUGUUGAUUUUUGGGAUCUCAAUGCAAAACUGGUGGAUAUCCCCACCAAAACACGAGUGGAGAGAUGGGCCUUCAAUUUUAGUGAGCUGAUGAGGGAUCCAAAGGGCCGGCAGAGCUUCCAGCUGUUCCUGAAGAAAGAAUUUAGUGGAGAGAAUCUGGGGUUUUGGGAAGCAUGUGAAGAUCUGAAAUAUGGAGACCAAUCCAAGGUGAAAGAAAAAGCAGAAGAAAUUUACAAAACUUUCCUGGCACCCGGAGCAAGGCGCUGGAUCAAUAUUGAUGGCACUACUAUGGGCAUUACAGUCAGAGGCCUCAAGCAUCCUCAUCGCUAUGUCUUAGAUGCUGCACAGACUCAUAUUUAUAUGCUCAUGAAAAAGGAUUCUUAUGGUCGCUAUUUAAAGUCUCCGAUAUACAAGGAAAUAUUGUCCAAGGCAGUUGUACCACAAGAAGUAGUGAAAAAAAGCUCUAAUAAUCCGUUCGCUCGCAAACACCUCCGCUCCAGCCCCAGCCCUGUCAUCUUGAGGCAACUGGAGGAAGAAGCCAAGGCUAAAGAAGCAGCGACCAAUGUGGACAUCACCCAGCUAUGCCAGUUCACAGCUCCAGUUCCCCAUCUGGCUGUUUACACUGGUACUUCUGAUCCUCCAUCUCCUCCCAAUACUCUUCCUUCCUCCUGCCAUGCUCUUCCUCUUCAGUACCCGGAGCACAUAAAUCUGCCAAGCAGCACUAGCUACUCCUCACCUAUUAGUGUAGCCCUACACAGCACCUCCAUCAUGGAUAGGAACUGGGACACCAAUGGGUCUAGCUCUAAUCCCUUUCCAUCCAUCACAGAAAGCACUGAGAUUUCAAUGGAUUCUGAAUCAGGGACCUGCCACAGCAAUGACUACCCUAUGAACUCUGAGGCCAAACUGCUGCCCAAGUCCCGGAUGACUUUGUCCCUCGGCAGGUUCUUGAAACGGGGAUGUUUGAACUCACCUGUGUUUGCGACACUCUCACCCAAAUGCCCUGCAGUGAGCCAUGGGAAAGUGCAGCCAUUAGAUGACCUGAACCAACAACUGCAACAGAAGUCCAAGAAGGUGUCCAGCUUCUUCCAGAUAAAAGUGGAUGCUCCUCUGGAGAGCAAAAUCUAUCCAAUAGACUCUGAGGAGGAAGAAGUGAACAGCCAUUGGGCAUACAAUGGUUCUGCAAAACAAGUUAUCUGUCCAUGGGAGAACCUGAUAGAAGAAGGAAAAGCUGGAUAA